CCUCACGACAGUUGCUACCAUCGCAUGGAAUCUGGACCUUCGCUAUUUCUUCAUCGGGUACGGCGCUGACGGAUUGUGUGGGUCUAGCUUCACCUUCUACCUAGCGGGGUACGCGUUCACGGCAGACAUUACCCCACCUGCUAAAGUGAGAACCGUGGCACUGGCUGUGGUGGAUGCAGCCAGGGGUAUCGCUGAGAUAUCUCUACACAUAGCCACUGGGUAUUUGAUUCAGAUUAACGGCUACCUGUAUCCGUCUGUGGGGAUGGCUGCCUUGACAAUGCUGGACCUCCUUGUCGUGGUGACCCUGCUUCCGGAAACGGUCAAAAGAAAUAGGGCCUGUAUCUCUCCCAUUGCGGCCGUAAAAAUGUGUUUGGUUUUUAUUUUAGAAAAGGGGCUACAGGUAACCGUGCCCUAUUCUGGAUCUGUAUAAGCGUUUUCUUGUUUAAGAUGAUAGACGAGCAUGGCACAGUAAAUAUCGAGAACUUGUACAUGCUGAGUCCGCCCUUUUGCUGGGACUCUGUCAAACUGGGACUGUACGGUGCCCUGAAGUACGGCGUCUACUACUUCAGCAGUGUCGUCAUCAUUAAGGCCCUCCACGUCUGCACCACGGACGGUAUAGUUGGUAUCAUCGGCUUCAUGUCUGCAGCUGCAUCUAAAAUUGUACAAGGCCUUGCUUUCGUGGACUGGAUGUUGUACUUAGUUCCGGUUGUGGGUUUAGCUUCAUCAGCUAUCUCACCAGCAUUACGGGCUAUCCUGUCUAGAAUGGUACCAGCCGACGAGCAGGGUGCCAUAUUUACAAGUAUGUCUGUGGUGGAGGCUGUCUGUGAUGCUGUCGGGUCUACCUCACUCAACGUCGUCUAUGAAGCAACGCUGAGCGUCAUGCGCGGUGCAGUGUUUCUCAUAAUGGCGGCCACCAAAAUCGUAGCCAUUAUAUUGUUGACAGUAUUUGUGUUCAAGACUCGGUCGAUAGCAGUGUCACCCCAGAACACCCUCUGUGUACAAGGGCGUGAUGAAGAGGAUGCCUCUGAUGAGGAGCAGCAGUAGCUCUAUUCCACAGCAACAUCAAGCAGUCUGACAUGUGCCAUAACAGUGCAAGGACAGAUUGGUUAGUUGGCCGCACUCAGCAAUAUUCCAGCUAUAUGGCGGCGGUCUGGAACUAAUCGAAUCUGUACCAGACAAUUCAGUAAUCAACAG